AUGCUCCGCAACAUCCGAGGAAUGAUCUGCCUGACUCCGGAACAAAUCUGUGACGGAAUUGCACAUUGCCCGGAUCGGUGGGAUGAAGAGGAAUUUUGUCGUGACGCAUGCAAAGAGAAGGAAUUCCCGUGUGCGUUGAAGAACUCAACCCUGAGCAUGUGCCUCCCUCAAGAUGCUGUGUGCGAUGGUGUACGGGACUGCCCCGACGGCGAAGACGAACAAGGCUGCAAGGAUCUCGAUGAAUGCCGCGGUUCUGCCAUGAUGUGCAAAGCGGAGGGAAAGUGCCUCCCCGCCCGCAAGAUCUGCGAUGGCGUCAAUGAUUGCACCGAUGGUUCUGACGAGCAGCUCGAGAAACUGGCGCGUGAUAAUGGCGUGCUGAUCGUGUACUCCUUCUUCGGCUUCUUGAUCGGUUUUGGAUCCGGGGGCUUCGUUUUGUUUAUCCUGAGCAUGUCCAUGCGCCGGUGCAUCUACUACCACUGGUAUCGAGCUGUGAAGAAGCGCCGCGAGUUGGUAGACGAGUUGCGCUCGUCGGGCAAAGAGCGGCCAGCUGUGGUGCAGCAGGGGCCGCCAAUGGUGAUGAAUGGCAGUGAUGAGGCGUCACGGCGGCCGAUGCCCAUGGAUCCGCCAGCGAUUUCUGUGGCCAAACCAACCGAACAAAUCCUGCCCUCUGUUCCGCAAGAGAAUCCGCAAGUGAGCAAGAAGGGGCCGAUCGGGCGCUUCUUCGACAGAUUCCACCACACUUCUGCGCCGCCAGCCCAGCCUUCGAACAUGCAGACAGCCCAGCCCCGUCUUCAAGCCCCGGUCGAAAAUGUCGUCCCCGACGAGACGGAGGAAAAUGAUACCCUGAAAAAGUUGCUGAAGGAACGCCGUAAGAUGAUUUCCGAGUCGGCGGUCCAGCAAUCGCAGAACGCCAAGCAAACUGGCGCCGAGUCGCAGACGUACGUGGGCGAAUACGUCGAUUUUGCCAGGCCGGCCGACGAAGAU